UUUAUUAAGAUGAACACCUCAGAUAUUCUUUGCGCUUCCGAAUUUGCAAAUUCCUCCAACUUUUCGUGUGUGAACCGAACCACCCCGUCGUACAGCAUUAUUGACAUCGCGUCUUUCAUGCACAUCUUCCCCACUAUCUACGGCAUUCUGUGUUCAGUUGGAGUUCUGGCCAACGGUUUGGUGAUCUAUGCUGUGGCAUCAUGCAAGAAGAAGAUGGUCUCUGAUAUUUACGUGCUGAAUCUGGCCAUCGCAGACCUGCUUUUCUUGUUGGUGAUGCCGUUCAACAUCCAUCAGCUGGUCAGGGACAGACAGUGGGUCUUUGGCCACUUCAUGUGUAAAGCUGUGGUGGUGGUCGACGUCAGCAACCAGUUUACUACAGUGGGCAUAGUGACUGUACUCUGCAUUGACAGGUACGUUGCAAUUGUACAUCCUACAUCCGAAAAGAGGACCAUUCAGUGGACCAUCAUCAUUAACAUUAUGGUGUGGGUGGGCAGCUUCCUUCUGAGCAUCCCAGUCAUGAUAUACACUAAAGUCAUCUCCAAAAAGGACAUGGACAUCUGUAUGAUUAACCUGGAUGGGCCUCAGGAUAUGUACUGGUACACGCUUUACCAGUCCACACUGGGUUUCAUCGUCCCCCUCAUUAUAAUAAUUACAUUUUACACUCUGACUCUAUACCACGUGUUCCGCUCCAUCCGGCGAGUCAAACGCAAGCAGUCAGUGUGGGCCAAACGGGCCACCAAGACAGUUGUGAUGGUGAUCGCCCUGUUCCUGGUCUGCUGGUCCCCUUACCAUGUCAUCCAGGUGAUCAACCUCAGCAUCCAGCAGCCAACCAGCGCCUUUGUGUACGCGUACAACAUCAGCAUCUGCCUAAGCUACUCUCACAGCUGCAUCAACCCCCUAAUGCUGCUGUUGUUUGCCCAAAACUACCGCGAUCGCCUCUGCCAUCACAAAGAGCUGCGCUCCCAGAUCAGCUCAUCCAAGACCACCGGAGGGUCUAGCGUCAGCCCGGACACCAGCCACCGCUGUACUGUCAUCUAACACCUGUCGAGCCUUGCUAGACGUGCUAACUGAGGAAAACAAAGAGAAAAGUGGAGGCCUCUACUGCAACACUUGCUGCAUGAGUGUCAGUCGCAUGGUAGACUGUUUCUCAAAGGGGAAAACUGUGAAAUGAAAUGCCACAGUAAACUUUCAGGAGACAUGAAGGAGUGAAUCAGCACUCAACUGUGUUUGUGGUUUGUGUCACACUCUGGAAAAGUGAUUAUGAUGUGAUUAUGUGGUUAUGAUGAAAAGUUAUUAUGAUGUUCUUUUACUCAGUGUUUACUGUUAAUUUAUCUGUUAUUCAUUGUAUACUGUUAAUGUAUCAGUUUUUUGAAUGGUUCACCAAAAAAAACAAAGUUCGGUCAUCGUUUAUUAGCUGGCAUGCUGUGCUGUGUGAUUUUUUGCCAUAAAACACAGUUAGAAAUGCUUUUUUUUUUCUUUUUCUUUUUUAAGCAAUUUAGUGAAAAUAGACUGAGGGAUUCAAGCUUCAAACAGACAAACAAAAAAUAUAAACAUAUUAUUAAAAGUAUAAUAAAAGUGCAGCUUGUUGUGUAUUCCAAUUUUUGAAGUCAUACAAUAUUCUUUGUAUGAGGGACAAACU